AUAGAUUCAUAUCACAAAUUUUUGAUGUUUUGUCAGGUCGUGGCAUUCACCCGAGAGAAACAAGCAACCCAAAAACACGAGAAGAAGGUCGAGAUUGCCUAUAAAUCUAUGGUUCAACAAGGGCUCUUCUCGGGUCUAGGCCUUGGAAUAAUGAUGGUUGUAAGUUAUUGUACAUAUGGUAUUGCCAUUUGGUACGGUGCUUGGCUGAUAAUGGAGAAAGGAUAUACUGGAGGUCAAGUCAUGAACGUUAUUUUCGCAAUUUUGGGUGGAGGAAUGUGAGUAUAACGAUUACAUGUUCUCAUAAUUUUUUUUUGUGAUACUGAAAAUCUUAAUUUUCUUACACAUUCUCAGGUCGUUGGGGCAGACAUUACCUUCUCUUAACGCUUUCGCGGCUGGACAAGCCGCAGCCUACAAAAUGUUUGAGACUAUAAAAACAAAACCAAAGAUAGAUGCUUAUAGCAUGACUGGUAAGGUUUUGGACGAGAUUAAAGGAGACAUUGAGCUAAAAGACGUGUAUUUUCGAUAUCCAGCAAGACCUGACGUGCAGAUCUUUGCUGGAUUUUCGUUGGUUGUACCAAAUGGCACCACCGUGGCUUUGGUGGGGCAGAGUGGAAGCGGAAAAUCAACAGUGAUCAGUCUGAUUGAGAGGUUCUAUGAUCCGGAAUCAGGAGAAGUUUUAAUUGAUGGAAUUGCUUUAAAGAAGCUUCAGUUAAGAUGGAUCAGAAGCAAGAUUGGUUUAGUAAGCCAAGAGCCUAUACUUUUCGCAACCACAAUCAGGGAGAACAUUGUUUAUGGGAAAGAAGAUGCAUCCGAUGAAGAAAUUAGAACCGCGGUUAAGCUGGCUAAUGCUACUAGGUUUGUCGACAAACUGCCGCAGGUACUUAAACUUUAGGUGUAACGAUUUUGACCAAUAAAUCGAGUUUACAUUUCUUAAUUCUCUAUAUUUUUAGGGUUUGGACACAAUGGUAGGAGAUCACGGGACACAAUUAUCUGGUGGACAGAAGCAGAGGCUCGCGAUUGCUAGGGCCAUAUUGAAAAACCCUAAAAUCUUGCUUCUUGAUGAAGCAACAAGUGCUUUAGAUGCGGAAUCAGAACGAACAGUUCAGGACGCUCUUGUUAAGCUAAUGUCAACCCGGACAAUCAUCGCGGUGGCUCAUCGACUUACCACUAUUAAAACCGCCAGCAUGAUCGCCGUUGUGCAGCAGGGCAAAAUCAUUGAGAAAGGAACUCACGAGGAGAUGAUUCAAGAUCCCGAGGGAGCGUAUUCACAGCUUGUUAGUCUACAAGAAGUAUCAAAGAAAGGAGGAGUGGAGGAACUGGAGCUGCGUGAGAAUAUAUCCGUUAGCCACAACCAAACCGAUUUUGGUUUACCGAGACCGAUUAAUUUGAACCAAACCAAAGAAACCCACGAGAAUAAGUCUUCCACGGAGAACAAAGCGUCCAAGAAACGAGAGAAAGUAUCGUUGCGACGGCUUGCUCACCUCAACAAACCAGAGAUUCCAGUUUUGUUGGCCGGUUCAUUGGCUGCAGCGGUUCACGGUAUUGUGUACCCGGUCCAAGGGCUGCUUAUGUCUAGCACUAUCAAGAUAUUCUUCGAGCCUUAGAUCAACUACGUAAAGAUUCACAUUUCUGGGCUAUCAUCUUCGUCUUGCUCGGUUUAACGGAUCUGAUCGUGGUUCCGUUUCAAAACUAUCUGUUCGCUAUAGCUGGAGGAAGAUUUAUCAAACGCAUUAGAUCAUUAUCUUUUGAUAAAGUUAUUCACCAGGAGAUAAGUUGGUUCGAUAAUACUGAAAAUUCUAGGUAAUCUCUGUAAUAUUAUUUGAGAAGUCAGUUUUCUACGUGUCGUUCUCACGUUAAAUCUCACGUAGUUGAUUACGAUAUACCC